AAACGGGCAGUAGUUACGGUUCAAAAAAAGCCAUACUGGGUUGUUAAUGACUUGAGAUACAGUCACUUUAAUCUAGUGUAUGUUCUUGGAGCACGUGUUUUAUUUCCUAUGUUGCUUUCAUGACCUAGCACUAGUAGCUCAAUUUUAAUUUUGUUAUUCAACACUUCAAUAAUGAUCCGCAAAGGCCAGCAGGCAAAUUGUCUCUCCUUCCUCCUUAUCCUCUCGCUUUUAUAAAUUAAGGGCUAAGUGAGCUAGCACCGUUCAUCUCAUCACGGUGCACAUAUAGCACAGCAAAACGUGUGCGUGUGCGUGUGCAUGUGCGAGUGCAUGACGUGCUAGCUACUAGCUAAGUACUAGCUAGCCAGUCAGCUCCGACGAUGAGCAGCUGCUUCAACGGCGGCGCCGGCUGGCCGGAGCCGGUGGUGCGCGUGCAGGCCGUGUCGGACUCGUGCGGCGCGACGAUCCCCGAGCGGUACGUCAAGGCGCCGUCCGAGCGGCCGUCGUCGCUGGACGGCGGCGGCGGCCUGAACAAUAUCCCGGUGGUGGACAUGUCAAUGCCGGACGGGGAGGAGACCGCCCGCGCCGUGGCGGCGGCUUGCCGGGAGUGGGGUUUCUUCCAGGCGGUGAACCACGGCGUGCGCCCCGAGCUGCUGCGCCGGGCGCGCGCGGCGUGGCGCGGGUUCUUCGCGCGGCCCGCGGAGGCCCGCGAGGCGUACGCCAACUCGCCGGCGACGUACGAGGGGUACGGCAGCCGCCUCGGCACGGCCAAGGGCGGGCCCCUCGACUGGGGCGACUACUACUUCCUCCACCUCCUCCCGGCGGCGCUCAAGAGCCACGACAAGUGGCCGACGUCGUCCGUCCCCGCGGGCGGCGGCGGCCUGCGGGAGGCGACGGAGGAGUACGCGGAGGAGGUGGUGCGGCUGUGCAGGAGGGUGAUGAGGCUACUGUCGAGGGGGCUCGGGCUGGACGACGGGAGGCUGCAGGCGGCGUUCGGCGGGGUCGGCGGCGAGGGCGCGUGCUUGAGGGUCAACUUCUACCCGCGCUGCCCGCAGCCGGAGCUGACGCUCGGCGUCGCGUCCCACUCCGACCCCGGCGGCAUGACCAUGCUGCUCGUCGACGACCACGUCAGGGGCCUCCAGGUGAAGAACGCCGGCCACUGGAUCACCGUCGACCCUGUUCCCGACGCCUUCAUCGUCAACAUCGGCGACCAGAUACAGGUGCUGAGCAACGCGGUGUACAAGAGCGUGGAGCACCGGGUGACGGUGAGCGCGGCGGAGGAGCGGCUGUCGCUGGCCUUCUUCUACAACCCGCGGAGCGACCUGCCGCUGGCGCCCAUGCCGGAGCUGGUGGCGCCGCCGGCCCGCCCGGCGCUCUACCCGCCGAUGACCUUCGACGAGUACCGCGAGCACAUCCGGCGGUGCGGCCUCAGCGGCAAGGCGCAGCUCCAGUCUCAGCAGAUGGCAACCGCCAUCUGCGGCGCCCCUCCCGCCGCUACUGCGUUUUCUUCUUCUUCCUCCUCAGCGAGCAGUCUAGCUCGCUAGCUAGCUAUUCCCUUUGUGCCAAAAAAAUAGCCUAUAUAAGAAUGGAAUAUAACUUAGGACAAUGAAUAUGAACAUAUUUAUUUCGAGAUUCGUUGUUAUAGGUUAUGUCCUAUCCUAUUUAGGUUAGCUUUUUGGUACAAAGGGAGUAGUUGGCUUCAACUUGCAAGCUCCGAUAUCCAUCCAGAAGGAACAUGUUUUUGUGGAUAGCGUGCGUUGGCGACCUGUAGAUAUUAUUACUCUCUCCAUCUCAAAAUAUAACAACUUGUCCUCAGGAUUUGUCCCAAAAUAUAAUAACUUCUCCACCAACAUUUUCUUCCCAACCAAUCAUAACCCUCCACCAUUCACUUUUCCCACCUACCUCCACUACUCAUCUAAUCACAACCCUCCACCAUCCACUUCUACCUACUUUCUUAAUAACCGUGUCGAACUCUAAAACUUCUUGUAUUUUGGGAUGGAGGGAGUAAUAAAUAAUUGAUGUUUAUUCUACUUUGUGAAGAUCAUGGUGCAGAGUGAGACGACGUGGUGUAUAGUACAUAAACUCGUCUCACGCGCCUAAAUUGUCACCACAUGCAUGACAAAGUUACUCGCCUACGUACAUAUAUUAUUAAAAAAAGGAACAAUCACGUUGUCAUA